GCACAUAUUUUGGGGAUAAUGUGUGAAUAAGUUUCUUUAAAGUAUUCAAGAUUAAAUUUAGCUUUGCUAUUGCGAAGUUUGUCUUCUGUGCUGUGUUAUCCACGUAAUGGCACUUGGAAUUUACUGAUUCUAGAAGAACUGCUAGUGUUACAUAAGUCAUAUUUCAUGAAAUGCAAUAAUUCGGGUUGUGUAGGUAUUCACUCAGUUUUCGUGACCAGUCAUUAGACGUUUGUGUAGAGGCUUCUUUCCUUAGUUUUAAUGGUUGAUAUCCCAUAAAGAUAAUCAGUACUUGAACACAAAGCGUUGUGAAUGCAAGCCAGUCCAUCACACAUUUGCAUAAUGCAGGACCCAUGGAUCCCGAAUAGUGAUUUUACCUUUCACCUUAUCGAAAUGCUGCACCAUUGGUUAGAGGGUGUUCAGUUACACAGUUGACUGAUGCUUCAUUUUGUGCAUAUCUGUAAAGUUGAGGAUGAUGUAAUGGUGAAUGUUACCAGGAGUAAGUUCACUUUCAAUCACCACGCUCACCCUUUCUCAAUACAUAGUUUUACUGUUGCGUUUUCAUUCUACCUAUUGUCGAGGAAGUAAAUCGGUCUCAAAUUCUACCCAAGAUCAGUGUACCUUAGUACAUACUGUGAUUCAUGAAUGUCCUGGUCACUUAUUGUUAGUGGUUAUAAGUGAUAUGAAAUGUUCCCAGGUGUGUUCUCACACUUCUAAUUCUUGUACUUUUUAUGUGUACUUUUUGGAGAAACAGAAGAACCACCAACGAAAAUAUCCUUGUAAACCUCCUGUUGUGGGUUUUACUCGAAAACUGUGGAGAUCGAUGGCUUUUACUAACUGGGGUUCACAUAAACUAGAGGAUUAGUGGUUGCUUUUGCUUUCUUCCUCUGACUAAACGCGUGAUAUCUUGUGAUAAUAUACUGAACCUUGCAAUAUGUUGUCAGUUGACUGUCCAUUUAUUGUGCUGUGUCGGGUAGUGUUUUGAGUUCAUAUCUAUGUCUCCAAAGUGGUGAAUACUGCAAAUUUCAACUAACAUAGCCAAAAAACAACCAAUCAGAAUUUCUAUCCAAAAUGCCGCAUAAUCGUGGGAAAAUUCACUAAAAACAUUGCAAACAAGAUGUUUAUGCGCCGAAGUAAAUUCAAACAUGUUUUCGGUAAACCGUGCAAAAAAGAAUUUUGUUAUGAAGAUAUACGGAUAACUAAAAGUAGUUGGGAUGCCCGAUUCUGCGCUGUAAAUCCCAAGUACUUGGCAAUUAUCACUGAAGCUGCUGGGGGUGGUGCGUUUCUUGUUCUGCCCAUAGAAAAGGUGGGAAGGGUGGAACGUGAUGCUCCUCUUGUUGCUGGUCAUAAGGGGAGUGUCUUAGACAUACAGUGGUGCCCACAUAAUGAUGACCUUAUUGCUAGUGGUUCAGAAGAUUGUACUGUAAAGGUCUGGCAAAUUCCAGAAGGUGGACUUCUCCCGCAAACAAAUUUAACAACACCUGUAGCUGAUCUGGUGUGUCAUCAACGUCGCGUUGGAUUAGUCGUAUGGCAUCCAACAGCUGAGCAUGUCUUAUUGUCCGCAGGUGCUGAUAAUAUGGUGUUUAUAUGGAAUGUAGCUACAGAAGAGCCAUUGGUUGAAAUAGCAUUUCCAGAUAUUGUUUUAUCUGCUUGUUUUAAUUACAACGGUUCUCGAUUGGUUACAACCUGUAAAGAUCGGCGUACACGAGUACUUAACCCACGGACUGGAGCAAUUAUUGUUGAUGGCAUGUGUCACCAAGGCACAAAACCCCAGGAGGCUGUUUAUAUCAAAGAUAAUCGAAUUUUCACCACGGGUUUCUCACCAAUGAGUGAACGUCAGUAUGCAUUAUGGAAAGAUGAGGAUAUUUCUGAACCUUUACAUAUUCAAGAAUUGGAUACAAGCAAUGGCGUACUGUUUCCUUUCUACGAUUCCGAUACUAAUUUAAUAUAUCUUUGUGGGAAGGGGGAUAGUACCAUAAGGUAUUUUGAAAUAACUGAUGAAGAACCAUAUGUACAUUAUAUUAAUAUGCUUACCAGUUCUGAUCCACAAAGAGGAAUGGGUUGGAUGCCAAAACGUGGAUUAGAUGUAAAUCAAAAUGAGAUUGCCAGAUUUUAUAAAUUACAUGCUAAAGGAUUAUGUGAAGUUAUCCCGUUCACUGUACCUCGAAAGUCAGAAUUAUUUCAAGAUGAUCUUUACCCGGAUACAAUCGGUGAUGUACCAGCUCUGACAGCUGAAGAAUGGAUGUCUGGUAAAGAUUCAGAUCCUGUUUUGGUAUCUCUUAAAGAAGGAUAUGUUCCAAAGUCAAAACCAAAAAAACGUAUAGGCAAGGUGAUUUCAGCUGCUUCAGGUGGAAAUGAUGAACAACAAACAACUUUGGCGGUACCACAGUCUAAAAUUUCAUCACAUCAAAGCCGACAAUCUGCUUCAAAAUCUCCGCUUCCUGAAGUUCGUCAAAAAGCUGAUGUUCUAGAGACAAGUAGACAACGAUUAACUAAAAGUACACCACCAAAAGAUAAUCCACCCUCGGAACCAGUAAAUGGUGUCUCAACCGGUGCUAGUCAUGCAAAUGCUAUUGAUGUCCAACAUCUUAUGGAAGAUAUUCGUAAAAUGAAGAUUAUUAUCAAAGGACACGAAAGACGUAUACGAAAUUUAGAGGAACGUUUAGAUCUAACAGAUAGUGGUGGAGAUUGUGUUUCAUCCAUGUCUGUUAGCUCAAUCAAAUAAUAAGUGAAAACAAAGCAAACUAAUUGGUUAUCAUCAGGUCUACACAAGAAAACACCCUUCUUUACUUACUAUUCGUUACAUGUUAUUGACCAGUAAUUUUAUGGGGAAAAAAACAAACUACUCUGUGUAGGCAGUUGUGUCAUACUUUUCAGGAUAAAAGUAGCGAAUUUAAUCAUGUAAUUCACUUCAUGUAUUCUGAAGGCUUUUUUGUGUAGUGCUUAAUAACAAACGUCUUCCACUCACUGUGACCGUCAAAAAAGAUCUCAUGAGUUAGUGUUUCUUUUCUUCUUAUACAUAUAUGAGUUUAUCAGCUUGUUCAGCUUCUGUGUAAAUCAUUUCUACUCGACUAUUGUUAUUGGUUUGGACAAACAGUAUUCGUCAGCAUUUACUAACGAUAUACAUUUAUAUAUAUGUCUAUUCGUUUGCCUUUCUGUGUUUCAAUAACCCGUCCCCCCUGUCCCCCCUCAAGAAGCAUAAUGUGCAACUUUCAUAGUCUUCAUCUAUUGUUAGUUAGUCUACUUCAGUAUAGAAAAACUCAUGUAGACAUUAUAGACCUUAUUUAUGCUUACUUAUGCUUUACUACAAUCUACUGAAUGGUUUCCAUGUUCCCCCUAAAUUUAGACACACAGUAUCUAUGCUGUCACCUACACACUUGUUACCAGUUUUUGAUGUAUGUACUACAUAUGAGUAGAUAAAUCAAUGAGUGCCUAUACGUUUUUAUUAUUCAAUGUUUCAUCGCUAAUCCAGUGUGUUUAAUAUUCUAAUUUUUCAGACUUUCUUCCUUUUUUUUCUUUUGAUACUGUUUUUGUUUCGACAAUGACGAUUAAAGUUCUUCUUUCUAAAUUUGUUCACUGAUUUCUAUUUAAAGUUGUUAUUUGUUUUACUUUCUGAUUCUUAUAUACAUAUAUUGUGCUGGUUGUUUAUUCUGGUUUACGACAAUUAUCUGCUAACAUCAACCGACAUACACAUACUGUCCCCACUACUACCACUACUACUAUUUCUUCCUCUCUUGUACACAACAACGGUGAUUACUGCUGUUGUAGCGGCUGUUUUGUAUGUUUUGUCUAUUGGUCCUUUCUAGUUUUCUUUGUGUUUUUUUUAUUUUGUAGUUCUUAUAUUUCUGGUCCCUCAGAUUACUUUUUGCUAUUAUUGUUAUUAUUAUUAUUAUACUAUUUAUAGUUCUAUGUAGAUUUUGUUUCGGAAUUUCUUCUUCCAUUUUGCUUUAAUGUGCUUUCUAUUGAUGCGAAUUUAUUUCCCUUCUUGAUAUAUAUAUAUAUAUAUAUAUAUAUAUAUAUAUAUUGAUGUAUCCUCGUUGUUUUGCAUAUUCUUCAAUCAAUGUCAAUGGAAUUUUUUUGCUUUUCGAAAAAUGAAAGUUAUUCAAUGCAGUUUCAAUCAUUUAAAUCCAAAUUGUUUUCACUUAUUUGAUGUUUGUAGUUGUUGGUAUUGUUGAAUAACAGUUUAAAAUUAAGUUGACACCUUUAAUGGAACAGUGAUUGACUUACUGCUUUGUCAGUGGAGGAAAUUAACUUCACCUACUGUUAGCUGUGAAUGCAAACCAAAUAUAAACUAAUGUUGAAGAUCUGAAACAGUUUAAGAGGCGUUAAAAUGCAUAUUUACAAGUAAAGUAAGCAGUAUUUUGACAAUCAAUACAUUGAAUAUAGACUGUUGGACUGUGUGUGUUAGAAUUUGCAAUUAGUGUGGUGUUUAAUUACAGGGUUUUUUGAACAAAUUUUUUCUAUUAAUAACUUACUCAUAC